AUGAUAGUUCUGCCACUUGCCCUGUAUAUACUAAUCAUAGUUCUUUAUAGCUUGCUUGGUGGGGAAUGCAGUUCUAAAUUGAUUUGUUAAAAUAUUAGAUUUGCUUUCUGUAUGUCUGAAAAAACUAUUUAAAUCGAAGCUAAAGUUCAUAAUGCAAACAAUGUUGAUGUAGAUAAAGAGAUAGAACAAAGACGUAAAAUUGAAAUAAUUAUAGAAAAGCAGGAAUAAAAUAUCGAAAAAGAGAAUAAAGAUACUGCAUAAGUAAAGUCAGUCUAGAAAACUAAUGAAAAGUCAGAAGAUAAACCAAAAGCAACAGUCACUCAAGAAUAGAAAGACAAAAAUGAUUUAAUAAAGUAAAAAGAACUCAAGUUGUAAUAAGAUCUUGCAAAAAUUAAUAACUAGAUAAUGAGUGAAACUAAUUAGCUUCAUCGAAAUCAGAUUAAUAUAAAGCAAAUUGAGAUUAAGGUUGAAAAGCCUAAUGUUAGAAAUAAAGAAAAAAGUUGGUUAGGAAUGGGAUGA